GGGAGGGAAGCUGAUGAUCACCAACACACGGAAGAGUGACUCUGGAAAAUACGUGUGUGUGGGCACCAAUAUGGUGGGCGAGAGGGAGAGCGAGGUGGCUGAGCUGACCGUCCUGGAGCGACCAUCCUUUGUCAAGAAGCCAAGCAGUCAGGUCCUGCUGGUGGAUGAGACGGUUGAAUUUAAGUGUGAGGCACGGGGAGACCCCACUCCGACAGUACACUGGAGAAAGGAGGAUGGUUUGUUGCCGAAAAGCAGGUCUGAGAUCCAAAGGGGCAACACGUUGGUCAUUCGACACGUCACAGCAGCUGAUGUGGGCACCUACACGUGUGUGGCCGAGAACAUGGUGGGGAAAACCAAGGCUUCAGUCACACUGACGGUGCACGUUGGGUCAGUUGCUCCUCCACAGUUUGUGGUGAAACCGCGGGACCAGAUGGUGGCUGUGGGGAGGACAGUCACGUUCCCCUGCGAAGCAACAGGGAGCCCUCAGCCGGCCAUCUUCUGGCAGAGAGAGGGAAGCCAGAAUCUGCUGUUUUCCUACCAGCCUCCGGAACCUUCCAGCAGAUUCUCGGUGUCUCAGGUCGGAGACCUCACCAUUACCAACGUUCAGAGGUCUGAUGUUGGUUACUAUAGCUGCCAGGCACUCAAUGUGGCUGGGAGUGUCAUCAUCAAAGUCUUCCUGGAGGUGACUGAUGUCAUUUCAGACAGGCCUCCGCCCGUCAUUCGCCAAGGCCCUAUCAAUCAGACGGUUGCUGUGGACAGCACUGUAGCCCUUGGGUGCCUGGCCAGUGGAACACCCCCACCCACCAUCCUCUGGAGAAAAGAUGGGAUCUUAGUCUCCACCCAUGACUCACGCAUCAAGCAGCAAGAGACGGGAGCCCUGCAGAUCCGUUAUGCCAAGCUGGGUGACUCUGGUGUCUAUACGUGUAUAGCCUCAACACCAAGUGGUGAAGCAACAUGGAGUGCACGCAUUGAUGUUCAAGAGUUCGGGACUCCAGUUUUACCUCCUCGGUUACCAGAUCCCAACCUCAUUCCUGGAACGCCAUCCAAGCCAGAAGUAAGGAAUGUCAGCAAAAAUGGGGUGACGCUGAUUUGGAAACCAAACAUGAAUUCUGGAGCUACCCCAACCUCCUACAUCAUUGAGGCCUUCAGUCAUGCAGCUGGUAGCAGCUGGCAAACAGUCGCUGACCGGGUGAAAACCGAUACAUACGCCAUCAAAAACCUGAGAUCUAACGCUGUCUACCUCUUCCUCAUCCGAGCAGUCAAUGCUUACGGUCUCAGUGACCCGAGUCCAAUAUCAGACCCGGUAAAAACCCAAGAUGUCCCACCCACUGGUCAAGGUGUUGACCACAGACAGGUGCAGCGAGAGCUUGGUGAAGUCAUUGUCCAUCUCCACAAUCCCAUCAUCCUCUCUUCGUCUUCAAUCCAGAUCCAGUGGACUGUGGAUCAGCAAUCCCAGUAUAUCCAGGGAUACAGGAUACUGUACAGGCCCUCAGUGAUGGACAAGUGGUCCGAGUCUGAUUGGUCAGUCUUUGAGGUGAGGUCAGCAACUGACCGUAGCGCCGUGCUCCCCAAGCUGAGGAAAGGUAUGGGCUAUGACAUCAAAGUGAGGCCAUUCUUCAAUGAAUUCCAGGGUGCAGACAGUGAUGUGAAAUACGCCAAGACCAUGGAGGAAGUUCCCAGUGCACCCCCUCAGAGCGUCACAGUGACACUAAACGAUGGGAAUGGGACUGGCAUUGUGAUCGCUUGGCAACCACCCCCAGAAGACUCUUUCAAUGGUGAACUCCAGGAGUACAAGGUCUGGUGCUUGGGCAACGAGAGCAGAUACCACAUUAAUCGGACAGUGGUGAGCACAGCGCUGUCUGUUGUUAUCCCAUCUCUCACCCCUGGGGUGCGCUAUCGUGUCGAGGUGGCAGCCAGCAACAGAGCUGGCCAUGGGGUGAAGAGUGAAGCUCAGUACAUCCAGCUUGAUUCCUUUGGAAGACUGACACCAGAGCAGUCGGACGAUCAGGUCAGCUUGUCCCAGCAGAUUUCCGAUGUGGUGAAACAGCCAGCAUUCAUCGCUGGAAUUGGCGCAGCAUGUUGGAUCAUCCUGAUGGUCUUCAGUAUCUGGCUGUACCGGCACCGAAAGAAACGCAGUGGAAUAACCAGCAGCUAUGCUGGCAUGAGGAAAGUUGGACACCGUCCUUUUUCCACGAAAUGGUUGGCUCUGGAUGCCCACGAGGAGGUUGGCAUUCCAUGA